GUUAAUUGGAGACGUUAAUUAACUCAUUUCAAAAUGGCUAAUUUUAAUUUUCUAUUAAAAAUCACCUUUAUUUUCGCCCUAAUUAUUUCCUCCACUUUAGCUAAUGAAGUGUAUUAUGAAUUAGAAAUCAGCUAUUUCGAUGUACGACCAGACGGCGUGCAUAAACAAGUUUUAGGCGUUAACAAACAAUUUCCUGCUCCAACGCUACGUGCCGAACGGUACGACAUAUUAACGGUCAAGGUGACCAACAGGAUUCAAGAUGGUCAAGGCACAACCAUCCAUUGGCAUGGUUUCGAACAGUUCUUGACCCCUUGGGAAGAUGGGCCUCGGAUGUUGACGCAAUGUGACAUUCCAACCAAUGGGAGUUACACGUAUCGAUUUCAAGUCAAUCAAACUGGGACAUAUUGGUACCAUUCUCAUCACACUGCCCAAAUUACGGAUGGUUUAUGGGGCGUCGUAAUAGUUGACAAUACGCCCGAGGUACACAACUAUGAUGGAGAAUUCGUCCUAGUCCUGCACGACUGGUAUCACCUCCCUGCCACACUUUUGUCGGCGUGGUACUCCAACACGACUGCCAGCAUGGGUGGUCAUCCCUUCCCAGAUACGACCCUUAUCAACGGUGCGGGCUACUACCCGUGCGAAUAUGCAUCAUUAAAAAAUACCUCCUGCGAUCCCUCAUUCCAAGGAAGAUAUCCCGUUUUCGAGGUCGAACGUGGGAAAACUUAUCGCUUCCGAGUCGUAAAUCCUUCCACCGUGCCGUCCCAUCUCUUAUCAAUGGAUAACCAUAAGCUAGAAGUUAUCGAGGUGGAUGGUGUCGACACAGUGAGAGGGACGCCGGUGGAUGAAUCCCUCAUCUCGACAGGGACCCGGUCUUCGUAUCUUGUCACGAUGAAUGGCGAUCUUGACCAGUAUUGGAUAAGGUCUUUGGCCAUGUUGCAAAUGAUGGUGUUGGAUUAUCCGAAUAUAAAUCCGUAUCCGGAAGUGCUUGUUAAUGACCCGGAAAGAUUGGCGAUUCUGAAAUAUAAGGAUCCUCCAAGUGGAGCUGGGAAGAAGGAGGAAAUUCUUGAUAGUAAACCCUUAACUAAUCCACUGGGUAGACAGGGACGACCGGAGAUUCAUGACGAAGCCUUGCUCCAAUCCACCCUGAAAUGUGGUGGUCCUCUGAAAAUCCUGUCAGAAUCAGUACGCGUAAACGGGUUUGAAACCUACUCUCACGACCCUGUCCACGUUCCCUUCGUCACUAGCCCACCCUACCCGAACACCACCAAAGUUCUGGAACCCGUCAGAUUAGACUUGCAAGAAUGCUGCACCCCAAUUUCUGGCGAAGUUGCUCCAGACUGGGUGAACCAAACCAUUAUUCUCGACAUACCGGACAUCGACCUUCCCGAAAACACGUUUAAACCUGGAAUUAACAAUAUUUCCUAUGAUACUCACACCCUCGACAGACCCGCUCUGGUCAAACUCUUGCGAGGAGAAGCCCUUCCUAAAUCCCUUAAUCCGAUCGAAAUUAACGGAUUUGGUCACGAUUAUGUCGUCGAGCUUAUCAUUAACGAUUACGGCAAUUUUGGGCACCCACUCCACCUCCACGGCCACACCUACUGGCUCAUGGGAUCCGGGCUGAAGUGGGACGGUCCCUUCGUCGAGGAGAGAGAUAGACCCAAGUUGAAGUCAAGGUUGCGAAGAGAGACCAUGUCCGUGUUGGGGACGUCAUGGAUGGUUUUACGUUUCCGAGCUGAUAAUCCGGGAAUUUGGUUGUUUCAUUGUCACGUAAAUGUACAUUUUGAUGCCGCCCUUGGUCUAGUUUUUGUGGAAGGAGGGGAACAAGCCAGGCAGCUUUGGAAGGAUAGAAUUCCACAGGAAACGAAGGAUCUGUGCAGUUUGUCUGGAAUUGUGGUGGACGACGACUCGUCAAAUGGUGAGAUUGUGAAGCCAGGAAGGAGUGCGUUUGUCAUGCUGGUGGUCGCGAUUACGUCAAAAUUUUUACUUUUAUGAGAUAAUUCUUUCCAUUAUUACAUUAGCUGUUAAAUCAAUAAAAGUAUUAUAAAAAGUUGAA